AGGGUGGUAUUCUUAUACGUCACUUACUUCAUGAAGAACCACCUAGGAAUUGAUCAGAACCUUUAGACAUGUCCACUGCCAGUGAGAGUCCCGCGCGCCUCGGCCAGUUCAAAAACAAGGGGAAAGAUGCUAAUGAAUUAAGGAGAAGAAGAAUCGAAGUAAAUGUCGAACUUCGAAAAGCCAAGAAAGACGAACAGAUCCUUAAAAGGAGAAAUGUCAGCAGUCUGCCCGAUGAAGCGACAUCACCACUUCAAGAGCAAAACCAAAACGCACAGCCAGCGCAGCACUGGACCGUGGAGGAGAUUGUCUCUGGCGUAAAUAGCCAAAGCCGUGAUCAUCAGUUACAGGCCACGCAGGCAGCCAGGAAGCUGCUCUCAAGGGAGAGGCACCCUCCCAUCGACAACAUCAUUGCUGCCGGCCUGAUCGCUAAGUUUGUGGGCUUCCUCGGGUGCCCCGACUGUCCGCCCAUCCAGUUCGAGGCGGCCUGGGCCCUCACCAACAUCGCCUCGGGGACAUCUGAACAGACCCGAGCUGUGGUGGAUGGUGGCGCUAUCCCAGCUUUCGUCAGUCUGGUGACCUCCCCUCAUCCUCACGUCAGUGAGCAGGCCAUCUGGGCGCUGGGCAAUAUCGCUGGUGAUGGACCAACCUACAGAGACAAAGUCAUCAAGCAUGGGGCCAUCGAGGCCCUCCUCACUCUCCUUGCCGUCCCCGACUUGGCAAUCUUCUCUUCGGGGUACCUGCGGAACGUCACCUGGACGCUGUCCAACCUCUGCCGCAACAAGAACCCGGCGCCGCCGCUGCCCGCCGUCCAGGAGAUGCUGCCCGCGCUGCUGCGCCUGCUCGACGUCAACGACAAGGAGGUGCUGGCCGACGCCUGCUGGGCCGUGUCCUACCUGACGGACGGCCCCAACGAGCGCAUCGAGGUGGUGGUGCAGUCCGGCCUGGUGCCGCACCUGGUGCAGCUGCUGGGCUGCGUGGAGAUCGCCAUCGUGACCCCGGCGCUGCGGUGUGUGGGGAACAUCGUGACGGGUACGGACGAGCAGACCCAGAGUGUGCUGAACUCCGGCGCGCUGGCCAUGUUCCCCAUGCUGCUGCGCCACCACAAGAGCAACAUCCAGAAGGAGGCCGCCUGGACGCUGUCCAACAUCACUGCCGGGAAGGACACCCAGAUCCAGGAGGUCAUCAACGCCGGCCUGGUGCCUUUGAUGGUGGAGGCCCUGCAUUCGGGAGACUACAAAACCCAGAAGGAAGUGGUGUGGGCCAUCACCAACUACACCAGCGGGGGCAACAUCGAGCAGGUGAUCUUCCUGGUGCGCUGUAAUGUGCUGGUGCCGCUGCUCAACCUGCUCACAGCCAAGGAGAGCAAAACCAUCCUGGUCAUCCUGGAUGCCAUCUCCAACAUCUUCAUGGCAGCAGAGAAGAUUGGCGAGACAGAGGAAUUGUGCGUGAUGGUCGAGGAAUGUGGCGGCCUGGACAAAAUUGAGGCCCUGCAGUCUCAUGACAAUGAGAUGAUCUACAAGGCUGCCCUCAACCUGAUCGAGAAGUACUUCUCGGACGAGGACAAGGAGGAUGAGUCUGUCGUGCCAGAGACGACCGAAGAUGGCUAUGCUUUCCAGAUUCCUGAGAACCAAAGCACUUUCAACUUCUAAACAACACUCCUGUUGUCUUCAUAUCAAUGUCUGUCUGUAUUUUUGUAUGUGUAUCUCCUUUAUGCAUUUCACUUGUGUACAUAAGUACAUAUGUUCUUUGCUGUUUUACUAUAAACCCUGUAAAUAAACUUUAUAAAAAAUACUGGUUGAAAAAGGUA